AUGCAGCCUUCACCGUCAACUCCACAUCAGACCGCUCCCAGCCCGACCAAACCCUCCCGACACAGUAGUCGACGUGCCGGUGACUCCCAGUCAGCAAUCACGCGUGGCUACGACACUCCUGGCUCGGAUCGGAAGCAGGACGAUGGCGCAGGAAGCAGAUCAGGUACCACGGUUAAAUCUGCCAAACGGAAAAAACCCCGUCAUCGAAAGCGUCGUCAUCGCCGUCAGUCCUUUCUCGGCGGCGCUGAGGAUCCUCAUCCCGCCGCUCCUCAUGCCUCGAUCCCCGACGCAGGUGAGGAUAUCAGCAUGAUGGCAGAUCAGACCAAGACUCAAGCUCCGCUGCCGUUCUAUAAACUGGGUAGUAGGGAUCUCAGUAGCACUAGUCUGGAGAGUGAGGCUUUGUUGGAUCAUCGCCAUCAACCGUCGAUGAGACCACGGAGAGAUAGUCGUCUGGCCCAAUCUUACCGUCCGGGUUCCUCCACCACCCCUUUUCGUCCCAUCGAGUCGGGUUCCCAGACCCUGCCGUCUGCGCACAGAUCGUAUCGAGUGGAUAAUGAUAGUGGUGGAGAGGACGAAGAAGUCAACGAUCGGACUCCGUUGAUGCCGCCGCCCUCUGGCCAUAGUCCUAGCUUGCCUCGCUACGGGACCGACUUUCGGUCAAGCCCGCUGUCGUUCCACCAGCGACGACCUGCUUCCAGUCGUUCGAGUUCUUCUCGGUGCUCGCCUCGUGCCAUACCGAGUCCCAAGUUUGCCGAGCAACAAGAUCGUGAUUAUGACAUCAACAAUCCCCCGUCAAUGCCAACGUCGCCCAAGCUCGGGCCGGAGAUGAACUAUGACGAUGCAGUGGUCACUGGGGCUGAGUUUGACUUUUCGCUCGCCAAGUCGAUUGACAAUCGGAUGGAACAACUGGCUCGCUCCCAUGAUGUGUUGAUCGACGUCGAUGGAACCAAUAAUCGUCCUGCGCAGUCACCCGGGUCGUCGCCGACGUCGCCGCAGAUCAUGCCUCAGGAGCGUCUCCGUCGUCGCACGACCUUCCCAGCUGAAGAAGAUGUCUGCUUCCCAACGGAAGAGGUCUCGGAAAUCGCCGAAGAAGACGCACAGAGGGCGGCCAAAGAAGGUCAUCGCCGACGGCGACGGCUCAGGGAAUGGCCAGAUCUAUCCGUUUUGGAAGAUUGGAGCCGCCAGGAGAAGGAGGAGCGUUCAGGUGCCUACCGCGCGAAGAAAAUCAGCGAGCCUAUGCUUGUCGAGGGUCGCCUGCGUCCACAGUACCGACUCUGGCGGCGCGAAGAGGAGGAAGCUCCCUACCGAUUUACGUACUUCAACGAAGAAUUCCAGAGUACUAUCCACGCCCAGACAAUCUCGGAACUAUGCCAGCCUGGUGGUAGUUUCCGCGAGCUUUUCAUCCCUGAUCCGCCAGAGUUAGAUGUUUCAUCUGAUGAAGACGAGUUGGAGUCUGAGCAUCCUCAAAGGGAGGGCACAACGGACCACAACAAUCAUAGCCGUCAGCCCAGCGGAAACGUAUCCCGGGUCAUGUCGCCGAACGGUAACAGUCACGGCGCGAAUGGAAAUGGUAUCCAUAAUCACAACAAUCACCAGGGCGUCUACGGGAAUCAACGGCCCCAGCCUCGGACGUCAAUCAUCAGUGAGGCCGUCACCGAGGCACGUACAUCUGCCGAAGCAUCGCCUAUGCGCAAACCAGCUCAACCGAAGCCCAAGCGUUAUGGGCCUCGGCCGACAUUCUGGCUUGAUGUUCUUUGCCCUACCGACGCAGAGAUGCGAGUGCUUGCCAAAUCCUUUGGUAUCCAUGCCCUGACGACCGAGGACAUCAUGAUGCAAGAGGCGCGCGAGAAAGUCGAGCUGUUCCGGAACUAUUACUUUGUCAACUACCGCACCUUUGAGCAAGACCCCAACAGCGAAAACUAUCUCGAGCCCGUGAACAUGUAUGUUGUGGUGUUUCGGGAAGGUGUGCUGUCCUUCCACUUCUCGCAGACGCCACAUCCGGCGAAUGUGCGCCGACGAAUCCGCCAGCUGAUGGAUUACCUUAUUCUCAGCUCCGACUGGAUCUCGUAUGCUCUUAUUGAUGACAUCACGGACGUGUUUGGCCCCUUAAUUCAGGCCAUUGAGGACGAAGUCGACGAGAUCGACGAGAAGAUCAUGCAGAUGCAUGCAGAUGAGCGAGGGAUGGGGACCAACAAGGAAGAGGAUAAUCAGAGCGUGACCACGUCUCUGGCCCCCGGUGAGAUGUUGCGGCGCGUGGGCGUGUGCCGCAAGAAGGUGAUGGGGAUGUACCGCCUGUUGAGCAACAAGGCAGACGUUGUCAAGGGCUUUGCCAAACGAUGCAACGAGCAAUGGGAAGUGGCGCCCAAGUCGGAGAUUGGUCUCUACCUGGGCGAUAUCCAAGACCAUAUUAUGACCAUGACCAGCAGUUUGACGUACUACGAAACGCUUCUGUCGCGUGCGCAUUCCAACUACCUGGCGCAGAUCAACAUCCUGAUGAACGAGCGGCAGGAACAGACGGCCGAUGUGUUGGGCAAGUUGACGGUGCUGGGAACGAUUGUCCUGCCGCUGAAUAUUAUCUGUGGUAUGUGGGGGAUGAACGUCAAGGUGCCGGGUCAGGAUGUGGAUAGUUUGUCGUGGUUUUGGUCGAUUACGGCGGGGCUGGUUCUCUUCGCCAUUGCGUCGUUCUACAUUGCGAAACGAGUCUACAAGAUUGUCUAG